CAUAUAAUGUCUUGAUACGAGAUGGAUAUAUGCAUUGGAAAGAGGAAAAAGUUUUAGUUCCUCCAAUUCAUGAAAAAUUAACAUUGGGAAAAUGGUUCAUAUUUAUGUCUAAUCGUUUUUGGGAUAUUGCAUACAAUCGAGGAAAAAGUUUACUUUCAUUAAUUGAUGGGAAAACGAGUUUAUUACAAGUACUACUUGAACAUAGACCAAAUGCAUUAUACGACACAUUUAUAAAGAGUAAUGCUUUAGGACCAGAUUAUAUACUUGCUUUAGCCCAAGCAUUAUAA